CCAAGAGGAGAGAAGAGCCUAAGAGUCAAAGCCCGAGAGCCAGCCUAGGUCAGCAAUCGAGCCCAGCAAACGCGGGGCCCAUGUGUGGAUAGGGCACUUAGAGGUCCGGUAAAGAAGCAAAGCGCAGGAAGUCGGCCGCAGGAGUCGGAGGCCCUGAAUGGGAUGUAGCCAGUGACCUGGCGCUUCCUGGAUGGGGCGUGGCCGACUCCCGGGCCCGCCUCCUUUCCUGUCCCUACCACAGGAAUCUUCCCUAACGGGCCGCGCUGGUGGACACUGCGCAAUUUUGCAGUUGGAGCGCUGAAGGAGUUGGGGUUAGGUACACGGACCAUCCAGGCGCAUGUCCUGAAGGAGGCGGCUUGUCUGCUAGACGAAAUGCAAGCCACCAUUGGUGCGGCCUGGCUGGGAGGGCAGAAGGGCCAGGUGUGGGAGUGGCCCUUGGACUGCCAAGAUGGGGCCACGGGAAGGUAUUUGGGUGGAAGGAAGCCAGUAAACCCAUGGGGCUGGCUGGGGGCAGGACCAUUCGUUAUGACCACUGUCCUGUUCCUACCCCCAGGAGCCCCGUUUGAUCCCGUGCCACUACUGGAUAAUGCUGUAUCCAAUGUUAUCUGUUCUUGUCUUCGGGAACCGCUAUGGCUACGGGGACCCGGAGUUCCUGAGGCUCCUGAACCUCUUCAGUGACAACUUCCGCAUCAUGAGCUCCAGAUGGGGCGAGGUGCCUGGCACGCGGCAGCGCGUCUCCUCUGCCCACAGUAACAGCAGGACCCAGAGAGCCACUUCCAGGAGGAGACAUCGGUAAUGAUGACGCACCUUUUUUUUGGUGGUACCGAAACGAGCACCACCCUGUGCUAUGGACUCCUCGUUCUGCUUAAGUACCCAGAGGUGGCAGGUCUGCGAGCUGGAGAGACCCAGAAUGGGAGGCUGCGGUCUGGGGAUGGCUGGAGGGUCCUGGAAGUGCGCAGCUCACAGCCUACCCCGGCCCCAGCCAAGGUGCAGGAGCUGGACCCUGUAGUAGGGUGGAGGCGCGCCCCAAGCCCAGACGACCCCGAGCGACUGCCCUACACCAACGCAGUGCUGCUCCAGAUCCAGCGCUUCAUCAGCGUGGUGCCGCUGGGGCUACCGCGCUCACCCUCAACACCCACUUGCACAGCCACUGUCUGCCCAAAGGUGCCCACUGAGUUUGGGAAUCCUGUGCGGGGCCCGGGUGCAUGAGGUGUAUUCCGAGAUCAGCCAGAAUCGGUGGGUGUGCGCUGUGCAAACUGAAGCACAAUCAGUUACUCCUGGAGUAGGAUAGCAGGCCUGCCUUCCCUUCGGUUUUUGUUUUUUGAUUUUUUAAAUUUUUUUUGAGACAGUCUCGCCUUAUCGCUCAGGCUGGGGUGCAAUGGCA